AUUAAUGCACAAUAGAGAAACGAAACACACUGUGAAAAGACUUGUAUUCCUAAGCCUCGCGGGUCUUCGCAGAUACACAGACUUCCGUGGCCGUCGUGUUCAGUGAACCCGGGCGCCUCCAUUAAUCAUGUGUGCGAUAGACGCCAUCCGUUCCUCGCCGCUGUCCGGGCCAGGUUUUGAUGCAGCGCCGCCACUUUGCAGGCGCACUUGGAUUGGCUGAAGGAGCAGGUAGCCCGCAGAGACGGCUCCUUCCCCCGGUUCAGUCCCGGCAGUGGAGCGCGAGGCGCGGUGCACACACUGCUUCUCACACACACACAUAACGCACACUCGCACACACACACACACACACACUCCGCCUUUUGCACGCGUGAGAGGUGCGACCGAGCGAGAGCAGAGGGACUCACCGGAGAGGAGAGGACAGGACUUUGAGGGGUUUUUUUUGUGUGUGUGUGUGUGGGGGGUUUCGGGGGGACUAACCGGAGCAUGAAUUUGCCAUCAAGGAGACAUCGAUCCACAUCUGUAGAGAGAGCAAGUGAAGCUUUCGGAGGAGAAGCGAGCGGAGGCAGCUUUUAAUGCAACAUCCCCGCUGACGGAGGGCGAUGCAGCCGCCUCUUGUUCCAUAAACUGUCACACUUGUUUUGUAUGACUGCGAAGGGGGAAAAAAAAGCGCAGCGACGGUGGAUUUAUUUCUCUGCCCCUUUUUGCGCUCGGAGUUUGUUUUUUCUUUCUUUUUUUUUUUUCUCGAAGGGGUUGAAAUUUCUUGCCCGCGGCGCGCAACAACACCGGUGCGUGUUUGAGCGCAAAUCUCCCAGAGACUCGGGGACUCGCCUCAGAGCGGAGUUUUGACUCCUCGUCAUGGGGUACGGCGCACAGACCGACCGAGACGGAGGAAGACCUCCGAGAAGAUCGCCUCCCGAGAUGAUGAUGAUGAUGAUGUUGUCCUGGCUUUUGCUUUUUCUGCUGCUGGUGGAUAUCGGAGUGGCGCAAGUGGACGAUGACUUCAUCGGCCUCGGCGAUCUGCCGGAAACCUUCCCUUCAGACCCCCCUGAGCCGCUGCCCGUGUUCUUGAUGGAGCCGGAGGAGGCCUACAUAGUCAAGAACAAGCCGGUCAACCUGUACUGCAAGGCCACUCCGGCCACCCAGAUCUACUUCAAGUGCAACAGCGAGUGGGUUCACCAGAAGGAGCACACUGUGGAGGAGCGGGUCGACGAGAACUCCGGCCUGGUGGUCAGAGAGGCCAGCAUAGAGAUCACUCGGCAGCAGGUGGAGGAGUUGUUUGGGCCCGAGGACUUUUGGUGUCAGUGUGUGGCCUGGAGCUCCGCCGGGACCACCAAGAGCCGCAAAGCCCACGUCCGCAUCGCCUACUUGAGGAAGACAUUUGACCAGGAACCCCUCGGGAAGGAAGUGUCCCUCGAACAGGAAGUGCUUCUCCAGUGUCGCCCACCUGAAGGCAUCCCGGCCGCUGAGGUGGAGUGGUUAAAGAAUGAGGAGGUCAUAGAUCCCGCAGAUGACAGGAACUUCUACAUCACCAUCGACCACAAUCUGAUCAUCAAACAGGCCCGCCUCUCUGAUACGGCCAACUACACAUGUGUGGCGAAGAACAUCGUGGCCAAGAGGCGCAGCACCACCGCCACCGUCAUCGUCUACGUGAAUGGGGGAUGGUCGACAUGGACGGAGUGGUCAGUGUGCAACAGCCGCUGCGGCCGCGGUUACCAGAAACGCACUCGCAGCUGUACCAACCCCGCCCCACUCAACGGCGGCGCCAUCUGUGAAGGGCAAGGCAUCCAGAAGCUGGCAUGUAAUCCUCUCUGCCCAGUGGAUGGCCUGUGGACAGAGUGGAGUAAGUGGUCCACCUGUGGGACAGAGUGCACCCACUGGAGGAGGAGAGAAUGCAGCGCUCCAGCGCCCAAAAACGGGGGGAAGGACUGUGAGGGCAUGGUGCUCCAGUCCAAGAACUGCACCGAUGGGCUGUGCAUGCAGAGUUCCUUAUAUCAGAAGUCCUCUGAGGCUAAAGACAAGAGUGAUUUGGGAAAUUCAUUGGCCCCCAGUACAGACGAUGUAGCUCUGUAUGUGGGUAUCGUCAUCGCCGUGAUCAUGUGCCUGGUGAUCUCCGUCGUCGUGGCGCUCUUCGUCUACAGGAAGAACCACCGCGACUUCGACUCCGACAUCAUCGAUACCUCCGCCCUCAAUGGCGGCUUCCAGCCAGUCAGCAUCAAGACGGCCCGCAAAGCUGAUCUCCUAACAGCGCCCCCUGACCUGACCUCCGCGGCCGCCAUGUACCGCGGCCCCGUCUACGCCCUCCACGACGUGGCUGACAAAAUCCCCAUGACCAAUUCCCCUCUGCUGGACCCUCUCCCCAACCUAAAGAUUAAGGUGUACAACUCCUCGGGCUUAGUGACCCCGCAGGACGACCUGGGAGGGGAACUCUCCUCCAAACUGUCACCUAAGCUGCCGCACUGCCUCCUGGACAACAGCGACAGCACGAUGGGCCGUCGCACGCAGACCCAGACGUUGCUCCGCACCAGGGAUCCGUCCUGCACCGCGCUGGGCUCCUUCAGCUCCCAGGGGGGACAUCUCAUUGUGCCCAACUCAGGGGUGAGUCUGCUCAUUCCGGCAGGGGCCAUUCCUCAGGGCAGAGUGUACGAGAUGUAUGUGACGGUGCAGCGGAAGGACAACAUGAGGCCCUCAGUGGACGAUGGCCAAACAGUGCUGGGCCCUGUGGUGAGCUGCGGGCCCCCCGGCGCCUUGUUGACUCGGCCCGUCAUCAUCACCAUGCACCACUGUGCCGUGUGUGACGGCCAGCAGGAUUGGCUGAUCCAGCUCAAGAACCAUUCCCAUCAGAACCAGUGGGAGGACGUGGUGGUGGUAGGAGAGGAGAACUUCACCACGCCGUGCUACAUCCAGAUGGAUGACGAGGCCUGCCACAUCCUGACAGAGACGCUGGGCACCUACUGCCUCGUGGGCCAAUCACUCAGCGCCUCGACCACCAAGCGCCUCAAAUUAGCCAUUUUCGGCCCCGUCACCUGCCCCGCCAUGGAGUAUCACAUCAGAGUCUACUGCCUGGACGACACACAGGACGCACUCAAGGAAGUGCUGCAGAUGGAGAAGCAAAUGGGCGGGAAGUUGCUGGACGAACCAAAGACGCUCAACUUUAAGGACAGCACCCACAACCUGAGGCUCUCCAUCCACGACGUCCCGCACACGCUGUGGAAGAGCAAACUUCUGGCGAAGUACCAGGAGCUCUCCUUUCAGCAGGUGUGGUGCGGUUCACAGAGGAACCUCCACUGUUGCUUCACCCUGGAGCGGUUCUCUGCCAGCACCGUGGACCUGGCCUGUAAGAUAUGUGUGCGCCAAGUGGAGGGAGAGGGACAGAUUUUUCAGCUGGACACCACACUGUCAGAGGAUUCCCAAAGUAUUGAUACGUCUUUGCUGGACCCGGCCAGUAACAUCACCACGCUGGUGGGGCCCAAUGCCUUCCGCAUCCCCGUCUCCAUCCGACAGAAGUUGUGUGGCAGCCUGGAUGCGCCGCAGACCAGGGGGAAUGACUGGAGGAUGUUGGCCCACAAGCUUAACCUUGACAGAUAUCUGAACUACUUUGCCACCAAAUCCAGUCCUACGGGAGUGAUCCUGGACUUGUGGGAGGCCCAGCAUUUUCCCGAUGGCAACCUCAGCCGCCUGGCCCAGGUACUGGAGGAGAUGGGACGCCAUGACAGCCUUGUUCCCACGGCAACUGAACACUGAAAUCUGCCUACCAGGGAGCGCGACACAACCCGGGGAAGGAAGGAGACGUUAAAAAAUAAAUAGAUAAAAAAAUCAAGAAAAAGAAAAGACGAGUAGGGGGGAGGGAGUUCACCCCCCGAAAGCAGGAGAGUCAUAUGACGUCAUAGCGACAGACGCACGUACACACUCGCUGAUAACUGCGUGUGUGUGCACUCAAGUAAAGAGGAUAGAAACAGUUCGGUCUACUCAGCCAUGACCCAGUUAAACAUUGGCAACAAAGGGUGUAAAAACUUGGAGGGUAAACAAGACUCUCUGCCAGUCAUUUCUCCCUGGCUGCUCUCUUUCACUCGCUCUCUCUCUCUCUCGCUCGCUCUCUCUCUCUCUCUCUCUCUCUCUUGCUCUGGUACAACAACUUGAUAUUUUUGGCUCUAGUUUCCUUGGAAACAGCUGUCCAGUUAUUUGGAUGGACUGUGCGGAUAUGAGGAUGAUGCCCAUGCCAUAGAAAAAAAAAAAGAAAGAAAAAAAAAAACCUUGAGGAGUGAGAGACCAUCAGAGGUCAAACGAUCAAAGGAGCAAAGGCUUCCAGAUCAGAGGGAGCAUCUCUCACCCUCCAAAAUCAGUCUCCAUGGACGAGUACGUGCUCUGUGAUAACAUAGUAUUUAAUAAUAUGCCUAUUUAUACAUAUCUUUGGUUUGUUUUUUGUUUUGUUUUUGUAUCUUAUGAUGCCUGUUAUGGAAUACUUUGCAGUGUCCUCACAUUUUUUUGUUGUUCCUUCUCUCAUUCUAUUUGACUGUAUCAGAGCACCUCCUGGUGGACACUCGCGGUAAUGACUCAUCCUUGUCAGCCACAUCGACAUGUACAGAGGGGAAUCAAUGAUGUAAUCAUUCUAAGGUUUUUAGUGUUGCUGUCGUAACUACUAUUAAUACGUUUUAUUCAUGUUAUGUAUGAUUAUUGUUUUCUUCAUUAUGUGAUUUUUUUUUUUUUAGUCUUAAAAAUG